AAUCUAAAUGAUAAAUGAUGAAUCGUUAUCUUAUUAAUGUUUCUUAUCUAAUAUUUCCGGUCAUUAAAUAAAUUUAUACGAUUAAAUAUCAAAUUUUACGAAAGACAAGAUAGUCGGCAACAUUUCGUUAAACGUUCUGCGUGUCUCUGAUAAACCUGUCUCUUCUCUAGUUGUUUGAAUUUCGCCGAUUUUUUACAAUUCUUCAAAAAAUUCCAUAAAAAACAUAUAAAUAGAUACAUAUAUAUAUAUAUAUUUAGGAGGCAUAUAUAAAGUUGCUCCACAGCUGAUUCUGUUAGUUUUAAACGUCUUUAAAAGAACGUCGGUCAUUAAAACGUUCUCCUUAAGUUCUACUUCGAAAGGAGUAUUACCUUUGAUUACGUGAGAACUAUUUUAAGAUAUUCCUUUUACGGCGAAGGAUUAAAGAUAAAGGAAAAAUAAAAAAAAUAUACAUAUAUAUAAAUAAAUAAAAGAAUAAGAAGACAAGGAUAAAAAAAGAAUAUUCCGUCAUGUUUGGAUAUUCGAUUGACAUAAAUCAUUUCAUUACCAUAUUAUUUUUAUCAUUAAUUACACUAUUUUUGUACGUAAAAUAUAAAUUAUCAUAUUGGAAUAGACUCGGAGUGAAAUGUCCACCGAUUCAUUUGAUAUUUGGUAACUUCAAGGACAUUAUAAUGCUUAAAAAUCCAGCAGGAGUGGUACUCCAAAAUAUAUAUCAUUUUGGCGAUCGUGACGACGAUCCAUACAUCGGUUUCUAUAUUUUCCAUAAACCAGCUCUGAUGAUUAGAGAUGUUAGGCUAAUAAAACAAAUUCUGGUGAAGGAUUUUAACGUGUUUUCCGAUCGAAUGUUCGGAGGAAAGAAAGAAAAGGAUUCGGUUGGUUUAAUUAAUCUUCUUGGCAUCAAUCAACCAAAAUGGAAAUACCUGAGAACUAAGAUAACACCUACUUUAACGGGACAGAAGUUGAAGAAAAUGAUUCCAUUGAUAUUAGAAUGUAGUAAUCCAAUGUUGGAAUAUAUCGACAAUAAACUACCGAAUGCUGAUGAUUGGAAAGAGUUCGAGUUGAAAAUUUUAAGUUCGAAAUAUACUACAGAUGUUAUCUCAUCGUUGGCUUUCGGUAUAACGACUAAUUCAUUCAACGAAAAUGAUACUGCAUUUUGGGAAGCAGGACAGAAGAUAUUGUCUGGAGCAAAGCGUGGUAUUAUCCUUAUAAUACUUUUCUACUUACCAGAAAUUAUGGCUUUUAUUGAACCAUUCAGCAAAAGGCCAGCUGAAUUCUUUCGUCGUGUAUUUUGGGACUCUAUGAACACUCGUGAAAAAAUUGGUUAUAAGAGAGAAGAUCUGAUAGAUUCUUUAUUAACUUUGAAGAAUGGAGAACAGAUGUCUAACUUUAAGUUCGAAGGUGAUAAUCUAUUGGCCCAAGCAGUUGCUUUCUACAUUGCCGGCUUUGAAGCAUCUUCGACGGCUAUUACAUUUGCUCUUUACGAGUUAGCCUCUCAUCCAGAAUACGAAAAACGUUUGUAUAAUGAGAUAAAAAGUAUCAUUAAAAAUGACGAAAUUACGAUAGAGGCCUUAAACGAGAUGAACUUCUUGGAUGCUGUAUUGGAAGAAACUUUGAGACUUUAUCCUCCUUUGCCAGUAAUUGAUAGGAAUACCUUGAGAGAUUAUAAGCUGCCUGGGACGGACUUGACAAUAAAGAAAGAUACACCUGUUUAUAUCUCUCUUAAUGGCAUAAACACAGACAGCAAGUACUUUUCUAAUCCAAUUCAGUUCAAUCCUUUGAGAGAGAAAGACGAAAAAUACAAUUCUACUGGUUGUCUUGCUUUUGGUAUUGGGCCAAGAUCAUGCGUUGGUCAGAGACUAGGAAUUUUAAUAACAAAGAUAGCAGUGGUCACAUUGGUCAUGCAUUAUAAAAUGUCUCUCAACCAUAAUAAGAAAAAUGUAUUUAGUCCCUUAACUGUAUUCACGAAUGCGGCGAGUGGAGUACACGUGCAUUUAAAAAGACGUACGAAUAAAGAUAGUUAAUAUGAUCUUCUUAUAAA